CACAAACAACAACGGGGGUACAUCUAUUCUUUUCUCAAAGAAAAAAAGGGGUUAAGAAAUGCUUUUCAGGGCGCGGGCAGAAUUUCACAAAAGCAUACCAAAUAGCAACUCCAGCCACCCGGGAAAGCUUUUAGGUCCAAGGGAGAGGAGCUGCAACCAACAAGUCAUUGAUUACAGGUCGAGGGGGCGGGGCCGCGGCCCCACACGCGAACUGAAGGAGCGCACUUGGAGAGGGGAAGGAAACCAGCGGAAAAUGUGACCCGGUUGACCUUAAUCCCCCUCCCCCCCUCAUUUCUCCUUCCCCACCUGCCCGAGGAAUAGAGAGGAAAAAACGGGGUCGGCCAUGGCUAACACGGCGCACCUCCUGGCCUCUAUCAAUCACCAGAUAGUGGCCCUGCAGACCCUGCGGCUCUUGCAGCAGCAGAGGGACCGGGAGGAGGGCCAGCUUUUCUCCAGCCUCGUGUCCGAAGCCCCAGGGCAGGCAGGCCAGCGGGAGGAGAAGGAGGGCGGUGGGGGCCCCGCGGCUGGGACAGCAGGCGAUGAGCUGGGCGCCGUACCCGAGCCCCGCGACUCCGGCCAGUGCGAGCUAGCUCGUUUGGCUGUGCGCACAGUGCUGGCCCGUGUCGUCGAGUCCACUUCACAGCUGGUCCGGGUGGAGCAGACGAUCCUGAGCCCCCUGCAUCAAGAGCUGAACUUUCCCAUCCACAUGAAAGCAUCCAUCCAUCUUUGGGCAUCCUUCUUGCAUCAGCUCUGGAGCCUGGCUUCCACAUUCACUGCUAAUGUUCUUCACGUAGAAAUUCAGACAACUGAUAACAAGUAUGGAUAGUGUGGAAUUUCGUAACAUCUGCAGUCAUAUGGCCCUGCAGCUGGAAGGACACUACUUUGACCGAGACUUGAACACCGCAUACCAGUGCCUGAAGUCCAUCAUUAAGAAGUUGAUCCGGUCACUUCGGAGCCUCCCAUCAGAUUCCUGUGCUGUGGCCUGCACUGCCCUGAGGCAGAUUCUCCAGAAUCUCCUGGAUCUGUGAAUGUUCUUGAUAUAUGGAUUCAAGCCAUAAGUCUCCCUAAUUGUCCGGCCUUAAGAUUUAACCAUAUUAUAAAUGGGUAUCAAUAACAAAAUGAGCUUUGAGUAUUGUUAUAUCAGGCAGAAUUGAAGAUUGUCAUCUAGCCCCUCUCAGAAUUCUAUCCACAUUUAGAACAAUAACAAGCAGUGAGGAUUUUCAGGGAUUUUGCCAUUUUUUCUGAUUUGUUAUGGAUAGGUGAAAUUCUACUUUGGUUAUAAAUUUGGAUUAAAAGCCUUUUUAUCUCCUCAUCAGAUAGAUAUUUUUUUCCCCCUGUUGAGGCCAAGUUGACUAAUGAGGGCUAUUUUGUGGCUGAAGCUCCAUAGUUAAUAUAAAAGUCUGAGCCAUAAUGGUGAUGUUUGAUAAUCAACCUAUGUUCUCUGUUGCUGUGUAUAAAAGAGAGGGAGAGAGAGUCUUCAUUUAUUUCAUUUCCUAGUAAGGGAAUAAUCUCUAGAAUUUGAAGACUGUUAAUACUUCUAAAUCUUGUUCCUGGUUUUGUGAAUUGACUAUUUGGCAGCCACUAAAUGGCUUACAAGUUUUGUGCCUUCAGCAUCUUGGUGUGGAAAUUGGAAGUGAUGAUAAUCCCAUUUGAGGUACUUGGAAUAAAAGAUGUUAAACCAAA